UAUUCACCUCACAUAAUCAGAACACAAUGUUACAAUGUAGAAGAGCUAUUUUCCACCAAGCCAAUUCCUUAAUCCGCUUAAAUUACAGCUCCAUAUCCCACAAAUAUCAGGGCACUAGCACUAAUCCUUCAACACAAGAAGACUUUACCAAAAGCUACAAUAAUCGACAUGAAGUGAAAGGAACCACCAACAAUCCGUACGAAGAUCAGACGGAGACGACGGCGGAGACGGCCAAGGGGGUGGUGGCGGGAGCGCUCGAGGCGGGGGUCGAGAUAGGGAAAAUGGCGAAGAAGACGGUGGACGGAAUGGUGGACGCGGCCGAGAAUGUGAGAGACUCGUUGGAUGACGACGACAGCGGUGCACGGACCGAGAAGAGGAGCUCGGAUAAAUUUGUGGAGGAACUCCGGCGACGGGGGGAUGGAUAUGAUCUCAACGAUCGCCGGUGAAUUGUUGUCUUUGUAACCACUAUUUGUUUUGCUUAAUGAAAAGGUUGCAUGUUUUUAGUAAA